CCCGGAUGUUUCAAAAUGGCGUCCUCUGUGCUAAAACGUUUGUGUCGGCACGCUGAUGUGCUUCGUUUUCUGAAGAACGACCUGAGGCAUUGCGUCUGCGCUCAUGCUAGGCUAUGUGGGACCACAGCCAACAACGAGAGCGCAAGUACGGAGGACCCAUACAAAACUGCGGCUAGCAUUGACAUCGAGAAACUCUUCAUCAGCGAUAAGGUGCAACAGCUCCUGAAAAACUUAACGGGAAUGAGCCUCGAGAAGGUAUUCGCGCCAGUGAAGACUGCACUGAACCCACCGCGGUACGAGUUCAUGACUGAAGAACAGCUUCAGGAGGCAAUGAACAAAGCUUACAAAAGGGCAGAAGAGAAGCUUCAGAUGCCCCCUGUGCUACGAGAGCGCAAGCCCUGUGAAAAGGUUUUAGCGAAGGACCCUGAAAUUCAGGGAUAUGACUCUAGUACUAUCAUCUUUACAGAUAUAUCGUACGGGUAUUCGGACAGAGAGCGCAUUAUUGUCGUGCGGGAGCCAAACGGGUUGCUUCGUACAGCAAAGUGGGAAGAAAGGGAGCAAAUGCUGAAUACAUACUUCACAACUCAGGGAAGAGAGUUCUACAUGCCCAAGAUGUUUGAACCACAGUACCUCCAGUCAGUUCUAGAGAAGCAACAAUACGCUUUCGUCCUUGACAGAGCCUGUAUGCAGUUUGAGCCUGAUAGUCCAGACUUCAUAAGGGUAACACAUGCAACAUAUGACCACAUCAAUGCCAAUCGAAAGUUUGCAGAUUUUAGGUCAACACGACAUUUUGGCCCCUUGGUUUUCUAUCUUGUUAUUCGGAAUAAUGUUGACAAUCUCCUCAUAGAUAUGAUCUUAAGGGAAAUGAUCGUCGAUGCUAGCAACCUGCUGCAGCUCUAUUACCACAUCCACAAAAGGCCGUACGUAGAAUCGCUACUGACGGACACGGGAAGCGAAGAGGAGGCGCUCAAACUGAUACGGGUGUUCGUAGAGAAGGAUUCAAGAACACGGUCCCACUUGGAACUGGCAUUACAGACAUAUCAAGAAUCCAAGAGCAGGAAACAGGAACUGGAAAAAGGAUUGUCCGCUGCACGGGGUCUUCAGUGACGUUCUCUAAACUUCAGUGCAGGAAAUAAUUGUGUAUUUGCAGGAAAGAGUAGUAAACAUUGUAAAUAACGACAAUUGCAAUCAA